UUCUCUUCCCUUUAAAAUUGACUCUGUGCCAGAAUGGAAGAUGGAGCCAAUAUGUUAUGUGAAUUCCCGUGAUGGUGAUCAGUGUACAAAAGUGUUACCAGUCACUGUUUAUAAAAUGCCAGACAGUGUGUCUCUGAAGAAUUUACGUACAGUGGAAGAAGGCCGACAGUUUGCCAUACAGUGUGAUGUUGUUAAUGUUGCACCAGCAAGAAAUCUUUCAGUAGUUUGGCACAAAGGAAAUAAGAUCUUGUCUUCUCAGACAUUUGAUGAGUCCAGUCCAUCUCCAGUCAGUAAGUCAUCUGUCCUCACUCUGACUGCUCAUAGAGAUGAUGAUGGAGCUGAGAUCUGGUGUGAAGCAAAGCUGAACCUGUGGCCAAAGGAACAAGGUCCUCCUCCAGUGCGUUCAGAAGCUCAUAAUGUGAAUGUACUCUACCCACCAACCUUCACCAAUGAUCCAAAUGAGAAUUUGGAAAUGACAGUUGGGAGCAAAAUAUCUUUAAAUUGUACAGCUAGAGGAAAUCCAGUACCAUCCUACCACUGGCAGUUCCCAAACUUUACACAAGUGUGGUACAGGAGUCAUGAUGUGAAUCAUCCUAUUUUGACUCCAUCAUCUAAGUUUCCAGGGGUCUAUAUCUGCACCGCCUCAAACAGCCAGGGCACUGUGACCAAAUACUUCAUCAUCACCAAAGCUCCACGAGAUCAAACAAUCAUCGCAACAAUAGUCAGACUACUUGUGGCCUUUGGACUCCUGCUCUUCCUUGCUUUUCUAGUUUUUACGACACACAGAGGCAUAUUUUCAUGCAAGAAAGGCGACUAUCUCCAAGGACAACCCACCUCAUCAGUACCAGUAUAAAACAAAUUUGAAUGGGUGCAUGCUUGUUUUAAAGCUGUAGCUGAAAAAAUGCACCAUCUUGUCAGCUAUCGCUAAA